CAUGUCACAAUGGUUAUAAUUCAGCUUUUAUUGUUACUGACUUUCGUGGAUCCCAGUGUUCUGGAAUCUCUGACUCCACGGCUGGCCAGGACCCCAAAGGCGUCUUGUGCCAGGGGCCAGACGUGUGACCCAAGGCAGCGACGAGAUGCUGGGGGACGCGGUGGGGUUUAUGAACACCUCGGGGGAGCACCAAGACGCAGAAAACUUUAUUGCGCCACAAAGUACCAUUUGCAAAUUCAUCCAAAUGGGAAAAUAGAUGGGUCUCUGGAGGAAAACAAUCCAUUCAGCAUUCUCGAAAUCACAGCAGUUGAUGUUGGAGUGGUCGCGAUCAAAGGUUUAUUCUCGGGAAGAUACCUGGCCAUGAAUGCGAAAGGUCGCCUGUAUGCGUCGGAAGUUUUCAACCAAGAGUGUGAGUUUCUGGAGCGUAUUCAUGAGCUGGGCUACAACACCUAUGCCUCACGGCACCACUCAACCACCCAGUCGCCGUCAGCAGGAGCUGCUGGAGGGGGCAGCAAGCGCAGAGCCAGUGCUAAAAGGCAGUGGUACGUGUCCAUCAAUGGAAAGGGGCGACCAAGGAGGGGCUUUAAGACACGCAGCACAGAUAAAGCCUCUCUCUUUUUACCCCGUGUGUUGGGCACCAAGGACCAUGAGAUGGUGCGCAAGCUUCGUGAAAGCCAACGUCACCAGACGGGUGCCCAAAGACCUCCUGCUGUUCGGGCUGAACGCAGGAGAAGGAGGCACAGGGACUCUAGGGGCCAUGUGAGAAGGCCUGGUAAUUAA